UCGGCCUGUCCUUAAAUACUGCAGCAACAAACACUCAAAGCUCACAUCGAAUUUUCUUUAGCUGUAAGGAGCAGAAGAAAGCGUUAACGAACAUGUCUGGAAGAGGCAAAACCGGAGGAAAAGCCCGCGCCAAGGCCAAGACUCGCAGCUCCCGCGCUGGUCUCCAGUUCCCUGUCGGUCGUGUGCAUCGUCUCCUUCGUAAAGGAAACUACGCUGAGAGGGUCGGCGCUGGUGCUCCUGUCUACCUCGCUGCCGUCCUCGAGUAUCUGACCGCUGAGAUUCUGGAGUUGGCGGGUAACGCAGCCAGGGACAACAAAAAGACCCGUAUCAUCCCUCGUCAUCUUCAGCUCGCUGUCCGCAACGACGAAGAAUUGAACAAACUGCUCGGUGGAGUGACCAUCGCUCAGGGUGGUGUGUUGCCCAACAUCCAGGCCGUGCUGCUGCCCAAGAAGACUGGCCAGGCCGCGCCAAGUUCCGGCAAGGCGGGAAAGAAAAGCUCCUCUCAGUCCCAAGAAUACUAAAGCGAUGACUCGGACUCGUUGAUUAACAUUAAAAAACCCAAAGGCCCUUUUCAGGGCCGCCCAAGUUAACUGAAAAGAGCAAUUUUCAUUGUUCAUGUUGUGUCGAUGUGUGUUCAUGUGCUUUUCUACGGUUCUGAAUAAAUGUUUUUUUUCGCUAACUUGA